CCAGACGACGAGCGGAGAUUGGAAGUGCUUAAUUUAUCUUUAUGUGAAUUGCACAAUAUCAGUGACAUAGUGCACUGGGCGCUGGCGCACUGUCCAAAUAUGCAGUUUUUGGAUUUGACAGCAGUAGCGUUAGUCGAUUCUUCGGUCAUCGAAAUUUGUUUGAAGGAAAAAGCUGAUAAGGCUCCGAUUACAACAUUUGCACUAGCCGACUGCAGGGAUUUGGAAGGUGAAGCCGAAAGAGUCAGUGAAAUAUUUGGAAUAAUGCUCGCAGCAAACAGUACUGCCCGAUUUCAGUUAAGUAGGAGAUUUCGUAGUGAAAUUCAACAGUGCUUACCCGAUGGAUUCAAAUUUUGCUUGAAAUAA